UCGCGACUGCUGCGGAGUGCUCUCAACAUCGAAUAUAGUACCAGUAACAGCAGCGUUGCUGCAUCGCAUCUCCCGCUGUACCUGUGCCCGGCCGCUGCACGAGCUUUCUCGACCCUCUCGCGAGGCGGUCCCAAAAGAGCUGCAGCUCCUUCGAGCGCUCCGAGAUGUCGACUCCCGCUACUCCCACUAAGCCAGAGCCGCAAGUCUCACGCAGAGGCCGUGGGACGUUGGAAUGAGGAAGACGUAUCCUCCUCCUCUUCCGCCGAGCCGGUUCCUGUUCGAAAACUCCCCGUCCAAUGUCAUGGCUGCGGCGCGUUGUCGCAGACGGCGGUCCCGGACCAGCCUGGGUACUAUGAUCUGAACCGCAAGGCAGUCAAGGUGUUUCUUGGGCUGCUGAAGGAGGAACGUCGUGGUAGGCCGGAAGAUGAGAUUGUUCAGGCUACUUUGCGGAGCCUGAGCAGGGACAAGCUGCAAGAGAUUGGCGUGAAUCCCGACCUUUUCAGGCCAAGGAAGAUCAAGGAGGAGAUGGAGAUGGAGCAAGAGACGUUAGAUGCUGCUUCUACCGAGCCUCAGGCUCCUCUCUGCGAUCGCUGUCACAACCUCGUCUACAAUAACAUAGGCGAGCCGAUUUACCACCCCACGAUGGAGGCAAUCCGCGACACCAUCGAGGAGUCGCCCUACAAAUAUAAUCAUGUCUACCAUGUACUAGACGCGGCCGACUUCCCCAUGUCGCUCCUCCCCAAGGUGCACCAGCUCCUCGACCUCAUGCCCUUACGCAGCAAGAACAGGCGGCAGAGGGGGGGCAAGUUCUACAGGGGAAAGAGGACGGAGAUGAGCUUCAUCAUUACGAGGUCGGACCUGCUGGCGCCCAAGAAGGAGGCCGUAGACAGGAUGAUGCCGUAUCUCAUCGAGACCCUGCGAGAGGCGCUCCCCAGGGACUCGAGACACGUGAGACUGGGAAAUGUAAGGUGCGUGAGCGCGAAGCGGAGCUGGUGGACCAAGGAGCUCAAGGAGGACAUCUGGAAGCGUGGCGGUGCAGGCUGGAUGGUCGGAAAGGUCAAUGUUGGCAAGAGCCAGCUAUUCCAUGCCGUCUUCCCGAAGGGGCGCAUGGGCUGGGAAGAGUCAAAGCAUGACAUCUCGGUGGCUCUCCAGGCGCGGGACCAGUCACCUCCGGAACACGAGGAGGAGAAUGAGCUCAAUCCCGUCCUGUCGGAUAUUCACAGCCUCGAGGAAGACUCUCUCCUCCCGCCGCCGCAGCCAGAGACGAACUAUCCCCAGAUGCCGGUCGUGUCUGACUUGCCAGGAACCACUGCAUCACCUAUCCGGGUGCCGUUUGGUGGAGGAAAGGGCGAGCUGAUUGAUCUGCCUGGCCUCGAGCGCAGUAGCCUCGAGACAUUCGUCCGAGAGGAGCACAGGCCGUCGUUAAUCAUGAAGGCCCGCAUGACACCUGAGCAACAAGUUCUCAAACCUGGGCAGUCACUGCUGCUGGGUGGGUUCAUCAGAAUCACCCCACGGACGCCGGACCUGAUCUUUCUUGCCUACGCCUUCACCCCGAUCGAGCCGCACCUUACGGCGACGGAGAAGGCCAUCGAAAUCCAAAACCAAGAGAGACAGGUCAAGGUGGCCAACAUUGGCGUGCCGGGGAUAAAGGAGAAGACCCGACAUGCCGGGUCGUUUGAGAUCAGGUACGACGUCACAAAGAAGCGAACAGGACCCAUCACGAACAAGCACGCGGCCGGCAUCAAGGUCGACCUCCUCCCGUACCGUGUUCUCUCGCUCGAUCUCCUCAUCGAGGGCUGCGGUUGGGUGGAGAUCACGGUGCAGGUCAGGACAAAGGACCUGUUUAAGCCAAAGCCGGCUGGGACGCACAGCAUCAGUAUGGAUGGUGGGGAGCAGAUCCUCCAAAAUCUAGACUUGUCCGAUCCAGAGGCGGAGGACAAAAUCGGAAAGGGUUAUGGCCAUGAACUUGAUGAGCCAAACUGGCCGGUUGUGGAUGUCUACUCCCCAGAGGGCCGGUUUAUCGGCUCCAGACCUCCCAUGAAUGCGUGGAUAUACAACAAGGUUCGGAAGACGCCUCAGACGAGCAAGAAGCGGCCCAGGAAGAGCAUGACAGGUGCCAAGAAGAGGGAGAAGGAGGCAAGACGG